AUGAACAGAAUGUUCUCCUUCAUGUCUGGCGUCUUCACGAUCCUCAACACCAUCCAGCUCUUCAUAUUCGACCUGAACCAGACAGUGUGGAUUAGCUACAGUAUCCAGUUCAGUAUCUUCUGGGAGGUCCGGUCCAAAACAGUCAACUGGAUCCUGGCCAACGAGGUUAUUGUCAGUGUCUUUCUCUCCUCCAUCACCUUGAGCACCAGUGUCUUCUUCCUCUAUUGCCUCCACACCAAAAGCUAUGUGGGCCUGGCGGUCUACAGCGUGUGGGUCGUGGUCUACGAGCUCCUUUCCUUCUCACUGGGGCUGCUGGCAGAAGGCAUCAUCAAGACUCAGUUCAAGGAACUCAUUCACCUCAAAUUUACCUUCCAAAUAUUGCGCAUGCUCCUCCACUUCCUGGCGCUGCCCUUCAUCCUCAGGUACAUGCUGAGCCUCUACGAAGAUGCCAAGACCCAGGUCCGCGUGGCCCGCUACUGCCACUCCUCGGGCAGCAUGGCUCGCGGAAAGUCCAUGCUCAGGACGGGGCCACUGUACCAACACCGGCUGCCCUGA